AAAUUAUUAAUCAAUUAAAAAUGUGAUAUUAUUAAACAUAUUGUGAACUUACUGGGAAUAAUUGAAAUCGUCUUCUGCUUGCAAGAAAUAUGUUUUUUUUUUUCGUUGUUUGCUUUAGGAAAAUUAUAUCUCAAAGAAAAUUUUCACUUAAUUAAUUUUAUGGCUCUUCAUAAGCAUUUAUGCGACAAACGCCAACCAUGUGAUUUUGUUUUAGCAACGCACGCAAGCGUAACUGGGUCCAACGCAUAACGCAAGCAUUGCGAUGUAUCCUUUAGACGUUUUAUAUUAACUUAUUGGGUAAGUGUGCAGAUUUGUUUCGUUUAAAUGGGAACGGAACAAGUAAACAAUACCUUUUGCCAUAUGGUACACAUAUGUUGUUUUUGAAGAACGAGUGAGAAAUUUCGGAAAUGGGCAGAUUUCGAGAACAAUUUAGUUAAAAUCCAUACGAAUACGCGACAUAAUUGAUUUAUUUGAGAAAAAAUGGACGAUGAAGCUGAAACGUACAAACUAUGGCGAAUACGUAAAACCAUUAUGCAGUUAAGUCAUGAUCGCGGUUAUUUAGUGACCCAAGAUGAGUUAGAUCAGACGCUUGAACAAUUCAAAGAAAUGUUCGGUGAUAAGCCAAGUGAAAAAAGACCAGCACGCUCAGAUCUAAUUGUUUUGGUUGCUCAUAACGACGACCCGACCGAUCAAAUGUUUGUAUUCUUUCCGGAUGAGCCAAAAAUCGGAAUUAAAACCAUCAAAACAUACUGCACGCGCAUGCAGGAAGAGAACAUUCAUCGUGCCAUUGUAGUUGUGCAGGCCGGCAUGACACCAUCCGCUAAACAAAGCCUUGUGGAUAUGGCACCGAAGUAUAUAUUAGAGCAGUUUUUAGAGUCGGAAUUACUUACUAACAUUACAGAGCAUGAAUUGGUUCCCGAACAUGUUGUUAUGACUCCAGAGGAAAAGCAGGAAUUAUUAGCCCGUUAUAAAUUGAAAGAAAAUAUGCUAAUGCGUAUACAGGCCGGAGAUCCAGUGGCCAGAUAUUUUGGAUUAAAACGAGGCCAAGUGGUGAAGAUUAUACGUUUGUCAGAGACAGCUGGACGUUAUAUAUCGUAUCGUUUAGUAUGCUAAAUGAUGCAGCGAAAUCUUAAAUCUUUCUUGGAUUACAUUAUUAUAAUGUAAAAUAUAUUAAUCUAUAAAAAUGAUUGCACAAGUUGCUUUUUUUAGAUUGAUGGUCGAGCACCAAGGAUUAAAAAAAAAAAAACAAAUUGAAUGUGCACAACUUCAGGACUGAAGUUAUAGAUCUGCUUACCGACUAUGAAUCUGCACGACUAUUCAAGCUAAAUUCCAAUAUUAGUAAGACAAUAAGAUUAGCCUGUAUAUCUAAAAAGAUUGGAAAUAGGCUUUAAUAGUUUAUUAAAGAUUCAAACUGCUCAGAUAUUUAAUCUGUAACUUGCGGCGUUAAACCUUAGGUCCGGAUACUUUGCAAUCUUAAUUAAAUUAAAGAAUUUAUUCUUCCAUAUACUAUAAACGUUCGCCCUAGUGUAAAUAGAUGAAACCUAAAAUAAAAAUUCUUACAUACUCAUCACCUAAAUAAAUAUAUAAAAAUUUAAACUUUAUUCAGAAUUUACGUUGUUUACAAAUGUCACAAUUUUGCGUAUUGCGUAAGGAGGUUAUAAAUUGCUUCUGUUUUGAUUAACCAAAGGAGAUUCAUAUCUAAACUUUAUGGCAAAGUUUAUAGUUUGUAUCUUUACCUUUACGAAUAUGUCUAAAUUGACAAAGUCGUAGAUGAAAGGAAUUAAGUUAUAACUUGCAUAGGCCAAACCUUUUGGUAACCAUCGCACACGCAUUGAAAUUAUGAAAUGUGUUAGAUUUGUUAGAGGUGUUACAAAGUCUAUAUAUAUAUAUAUUUAGAGAAAUGAAUUGGGGCCGCUUGUUUGUGAAUAGCAAUUACAGGGUUACAGAGUUAAUACUGGAGAUUUUUCUCUUCAGGUCUUCUUUUGGUUUUUCUUCCGUUAGGACGCUCACCAAUAUCAGAAGGUGGCCCUGAGCAGGAUAGACUUUCCAGGCGGAAACCUCCGUUUCGAUAUCUGCGAAUCAUUUUUUUAAUUUUUCCAAAAGCAGGAGCCGAAAUGGUGUUUUUGCAAUCGCAACGUUAAAGCCUCCCCAAAAUUUAUGUAACAUAUGCCACAAAAACAUUAUCCAUUUCUCAAUUUAAAAAUUAAUUCUCCAAAGGACAAAUUAACCUACCCGAAUGAUAAUUAACGAUUAAGUGCUCGCG